CACUCUCUUGGAAUCUGCUUCCUUCUCUCCUCUUCUCUUCUCUUCUCUUCUUCCGUUACUUCUUUUUGUGAAAUCGAAGAUCAAAUAUUAAUUUCAUUUUCAUCCCCUAUUCCUAUUCAGUUUUUUUUUUUCUUUUAUUUUCAAGGUAUUUUUCAUCUCAAAUUUAUUCUUCUUUUUUCCUUUUAAAAAUAAAGUAAUUAAUGCAUGAGUAGUUUCAAUUGUUUCUGCAUGUUUUUGAAAGGAAAGUAAUUCGAAUUGAUAGAUCUGGUUCGAAAUGACAAAACCCAGUAAAAUUGUGCCUUAAAGCUUCUGUUUUCACUUAGAAAAUUUUAUCUUUUUCUGUAAAUUUAUGGAACAUUUCGGGUCUUCACUUGAAUUUUUGGAAAUGGAAUUGGAUUUCGGUUUUCCCAGUGAUCUUGCUGAACGAGAUUUAUAGUGUUGAUCUCUUCACCCUGUGGGGUACAAAGUUUAAUUAUUUGGCCUUUAAAUUCAUAUCAAUCGAAAUUGAAUUACUAUUUCAAAAUUGACCGUUUGAUAUUUCAGAGGAAUUCGACCAAUUUACUCGUCUAUUAUUUUUUUUCCCCCGUUUUCAAAAAAGAAUAUCAUCUAUUAUUUUUUCUGACUGCAACUGUUCUUCCUCUCUACUCUAGUUAUAGGUUUAAAUUUACCAAACAAAAAGUUGUUUUUUUCCUUCUCUGAAUGAAGUUGAACUCAGCCCAAGCUUUUCUCAUCAUUUUCAUCCUUGUUUAACCCAAUUCACUUAGUGCUUGACCUUAUUUUGGGGAAAUUUGAGCAUUAUUUCCACUUAUCUCUUUAGUUUCUCCCCGAUAGAAGAUUUGGAACAAGAAUCUCUUCUAUCACUUGUAUAUACUUAUUCAAUUUGGGACAAAAAUAUCUUGUGAAAUGUGAAAUCUGAUAUCAAAUAACAAAAGCUGUUGGUGUCUUCUUUAAAUGUAUCUUAUCAUGAAUGGCACUAUAGUAAUGCCCUGAAAAGAUUAGGAGUUUUAAUAGAGAGCUUAUGAGAUGGAAGAGAAUUACUCUGCUUCGAGAAGAUGGGAAGACUUGGACACUGACAUAUUGGUGAAGAUUUUCCAGUCAUUUGAUAUAUUUGAGUUAACUAAAGGAAUUGCUCAUGUGUGUAGCGCUUGGAGACUUGCUUGUUGUGAUCCUUUGCUAUGGAAAACACUCGAUUUAUCGAUGUUGAAAUCAAAUUUCAUAAAAAUCCCAUUGGAGCCCUAUGUUUAUGUUGAUGGUCGAUCAGAUAAAAUUUUGACUCGGGUGUUGAAGAUUUCCUUGAGUCUCAGCCGCGGAAGCAUUUUGACCUUGAUCUUCCACUUUAACUUGUACGUGAGCGACGAACAAUUGACUUACACCGCGGAAAGGUGUCCAAAGCUUAAACGACUUGUUCUUCCAGCUUGGAACAGAAUAAAAAAGACGGGAAUAUGCAAGGCCAUUCGUUCCUGGACAGAUCUCGAAUCUCUGACAAUGCCCAGCAUAGCAAAUCCACCAUACUUCAUGGAGGAGAUCUCCAGUAACUGCAAAAAUUUCAGCGAGCUCAAAAUCAUGGGUCCCUGUGACAUGUUAUGUGCUUCUACACUAGUCAGAUGCCUUCCUAAACUGAAGGUAUUAAGUCUCCGGUGCUCAAUGCUUAAUAAGGAUGCUCUGAUCAUGAUCUUGGAUGGAUUGCAACACCUAGAAGUUCUCAACAUUUCACAUUGCCUUUUGAUCGAAGUCCCUCCGCCCCCUGCAGCCAAAAGGAUUGUUAAAGAACUUGAUCAUUUGAUCCUCGAGAAAGCAUCUCGGUUACGCGAAUUUCUAACAUGCAUGGAAGAAGACACUUGCCUCAUGUGCCAACGAACGAAAAGUGACGAAGGGCUCAUGAGGUGGUACAAGUAUGAAGAAGGAUUAUGGAAAGCCGAUGAGGUUAGCUCACUUGCUCUUUAAUUAGAGCAUUCUAAGACUGUAUUUUAGGUAGAAGCUGCACAUUAAGUGCCCUUUUUCUGUUUGGUAAACAAGAGUUUCUUUCCUGUCAUAAACAGAAUAAUGCAUUGUCGCAUAAAUAUAAAUGAGAGCUUUCUUAGUGGAAAUUUGCUAUCAAUGGAUAAGUUGGUACUCUUUAUCCGGGCGAAGAGUUUGUGUUGAAAUCUCUGCUGUACAUAGAGAAAGUCUUUGUGUUUUCUAUGACAUUAUUGAGAUUGAUAGUUACAUAAGUAAAAGUAUGUUUUGCAGUCCUCAAAUAAUGAUAUGAUAAUAUAGUUGUAUUACGAAUGA